AUGGGUCUUGCAGAAAAUGCCCUGUCACUGGUGACGGUGACCAAUGUCAUCCUGGGUCUUAUUGCCUAUAUCACGUUUAAGUUUGGCUGGCAAGUUAUUUACCAUCGCUUUUUCAGUCCACUCGCAAAAUUCCCCGGUCCUUUCUGGGGCUCUGUAACCCGUCUUUGGAUUGCAUGGCAUAAUCUGCUGGGCACCGAGAUUCCAACUGUUUAUGCACUUGCUAAGAAAUAUGGCCCUGUUGUUCGCAUCACCCCAACGUUGUUGCUGGUCAACGAUUAUGAAAAGCUCCCGGAAAUCUACCACCGCAAUGCAGACAAGACUGGACACUAUAUCACUGGAAGCUUCGGCGAGACCGAAUCUCUAUUUAAUAUGAGGUCUCACAAGACACAUGCCAUGUUUAGAAAGCACGUUGCCGGACCGUACAGCUUCAGCAACAUCAAGAAAAUGGAACCACUAGUUGAUCUGCGUAUCACCGAAUGGACCAGAAAACUCAGUAAAAAGUUCGCGAAGAGCGGCGAAGCCUUCGACUUCUCCUGGUGGGCAGUUUACAUGGCCUACGACAUCAUCAGUGAAAUCGGAUUUGGUGAGCCCUUUGGCUUCGUUGAAAAAGGCGAAGACAUCGGCGGCCUAAUCCAAGGCUUCCACGACGGCCUCCCAGCCUUCGGCCUUCUAGCCCGCCUCCAUCCCUUCACCUCAUGGGUAAAGACCACUGCCCUGAAAAAUUUUCUCGUCGCCAAACCGGCAGACGACUCCGGCAUUGGCGUACUAAUGCGCUUCCGCGACCGGCUCAUCGAUCAGCGCAUCAAGGACAUCGAAAACGGCAAGAAAAUUGAUCGCACAGACCUACUCCAGACCUUCCUCGAGGCUCUCACAGAAGACGGCAAGCCUCUCGAUCUAAAGUACAUCCGCGCGGAGGUCCUGCUCGUCCUGCUCGCUGGCUCAGACACAACCGGCACCGCCUUCCAGGCCAUGGUACAUUUCCUCAUGACGCACCCGGAAGCGUACGAGCGUAUGAUGGCGGAAAUUGAUAACGCAACUCGGAGGGGCCUCAUCUCCGAUAUGCCACAGUACAGUGAGGUCCUAGAAAAUCUGCCUUUCUAUGUCGGCUGUGUGAAGGAGACUAUGCGUCUGUGCCCGUCUGCGCCGAAUAUCUUCCCCCGAUAUGUCUCCGAACCUGGGAUUGAUCUUUAUGGUCGCUUUGCGCCGGCUGGUACGGAGGUCAGCUUUAACCCGUACCUUGUGCAUCGGGAUCCGAAGCUUUAUGGGGAUGAUGCUGAGGAGUUCAAGCCUGAGAGGUGGUUGGAUGUUGAGAAGGCGAAAUUGUAUAAUAAGUAUAACUUUUCGUUUGGGUAUGGGUCGCGUAUUUGUUUGGGGAGGGAUAUUGCUAUGAUGGAGUUGUUCAAGGGUCCUUUACAAUUCUUUCGUCAAUACAAGGCAGAGAACGUCAAGGAUAAGCCUGAGGCUAAGUUCAUGAUUAAAGGUGGUGUUGGAUACUGGACAGACGUGUGGCUGAGCAUCUCCCCCCGACCAGAGGUAAAGGCCAACUGA